CCGACCCCUCCCCACUCAAGUCUUUCUCCCACUGGCCCCUCUCGAGCGCCCACCCGCUCCUCACAGCCGGCUCAGCUCGCCGCAAGGCCUCCUCGCUCUCCCUCACCACGCUCUCCGACCUGAAUGCUGCAUCCCUCGCGCUGCACCCCGCCCCCUUCUCCCUGCUCGCCCCUGCCACGCCCACCUCCCCCUGCCGCCCCUUCUCCUUCUCCACCUCCUUCACCUUCCGCAUCUCCUCCCCCAACGCCGCGGGGCUGGGCGGCGAGGGCUUGGCGUUUGUGAUGCUGCCGACGCCCACGCUCGGCCUGCCGGGGCCGUCCCUGGGCUACGGGCGCCUGCUGCUGCCCCCGGGGAGCACGGCUGCUGCAGCUGCUGCUGCAGAUGGUUCCAGUGUCAGCGGUGCAGCUGUGUCAUCUCAGGUACACGUCAUUUCAGGUGGGCAGCAACAGCAACCCAGCUUUUCAGGUGGGCAACAAACGCAGCAGCAUAGGAGCCUUGCAGUGGAGUUUGACACAUCCGCCUCCCCCGAAUUCUUGGACCGGCAGGAGCACCACGUGGGGGUGAACCUGGAUGGCAGCAUGCUCUCUCUCGCCUCUGCCCCCGUGCACCCCGUCGGCAUCCCCUCCCUCAACGCCGGUCAGACCCUCCUCGCCACCAUCCAGUACAACGCCUCCUCCUCCCAGCUCUCCGUUUGGCUCUCCCCAGCCCCACCCUCCUCCCCUCGCCGCGCGUCCCCUCGCCCCACCCCUUGCUUCCCUCGCUUCCCUGGUUUCCCUCUGUUGCCUCGCUGCUCCUCCUCCUCCUCCUCCUCCUCCUCCUCCUCCUCCUCCUCCUCCUCCUCCUCCUCCUCCUCCUCCUUCUCCUCCUCCUCCCCCCCUCCUCUCCCCCGCUCUGCCGUCCUCACCACAUUCCUGGACACCUGCGAGUGGCUCAGGGGGAACGAUCCGGAAGCAGCAGCAGCAGCGCCGCCCCCGGCGUUGUUUGUGGGCUUCACAGCGGCUACUGGCAAGGGGGUGGAGCAGGCGCAGGCGCACGAGCCCUUGCUUACUUCUCCGAAGCCCUACCCCACGUUCCGCCCCUCCACUUAUACCCUACCAUGGCAACCCCAGGCCAUGACUAGGGAUGUGAUGUCCUCAUGCAAACCUUCACCCUCUCCUCACCCCCUUCUUUCCCCUCAUCCCCUGCUCCCCUCAGCGGAGGAUCCGCUUUCGUUUUGGGCGGCAGACUCGUUCGCCUUCCCCUACAUCACGCCAGCCACUCCCCUGCUGACACGUGGCAGCACAAGGAAGCGUUUCUUCGCCGUCGACCUCUCGGUCGCUGCUGAUGUGGCAGCCACCAGCCAAUCAGACGAUCCCGCCCCUGGAGCCAUCUUCUUCCCUCACCGUAAGGGGGAAAGGGGGGGGCGAGAUGGGGGGGAGGGAGAGAGAGAAAGUGUAGCAAGCCACGUGCCCUGCCAGGCUGCCCCCGUUGGCCUCUCCUCCUGGACCGUCCGGUUUACAGGCACCGAUCCUUGCACGGGUUCUCUGGUGCUGCCCUGUGGAACGGGCGUGUGCAGCAAGGCACUUGCCCCAUGGGGUGAGACCCCUCUAACCUCGUGUCUCAUACCCUCUCUCUCCUCACUCUCCAACUGUCUCACUCAUUCCCUUCAUCCCCCCCCAACAGACACUGACCCCUGCACGGGUUCUCCAGUGCUGCCCUGUGGAACGGGCGUGUGCACCAAGGCGCCAGCCCCAUGGGACUCCUCUAUCCUCGUGCCCUCCUGCAAGUGCCCCUUCAAUCUCCCCUCCUUCCAACCCGAUCACCUCUCCGGCCUGCCCUCCUGCUUCCCGGGUGAGUCGUGGAGUGCCCUCUGCAAGCUGUGGAGUGCAGUAGAUUCCUUCAGGUGUCGCCAGUUCAUCCGCAACCCAUGUGCCCCGGGGGUGUGCAUUGAUGACAUAGACGGCACCUACUCCUGCCUCUGCCCCUCGCCCUUCUUCGCCUUCUACUUCUAUUCGAAAGACACCGCCCGCUGUAACCAGUUGCGAUUGUUUGAGCUGCGAAUGCCCACCUUCCUGUCUCCCUAUGGCCUCACAUGCCCUCUCAUCCUCAACACAUACGGACUCACCCAAGCGGCCUUCUUCCGCCAAAAUAAGGGCUUCCAGUGCCGAGCGCCCAUCCCUGCAGAGACUCUAAUCAACGUCACCAGCCGGGCUUACUCCCAAUGCACUUCCACGUACACUGCUAAUUAUGGUGACUCGUGUGACUCCAUCAAUGCCCUCUUCUCCACGCGCAUUCAGUCGCUCAACCCCGCCCUCAGCUGCUCUGAUGGGCCCAGGCCCGGCCAGCUCCUCUGUGUAGACUUCAACCGAACGUGGCUAGAGUUGGAAAAGACCCGCGUGGCAUGCCACGUCUCUGCACAAAUCACCCCAGCCAUCACCACAACCCCAGCCAUCACCACAAUCCCAGCCAUCACCACAACCCCAGCCACACCGCCUCUCCUAGUCGACUACAUGAACCAGGGCGUGCUCGUGAAGGUGCUCCAGGGCCCGCAGUCCUGCCAGCAACUGUGGCGGGCGUUUGGCAUUUCCUCCCCCACGCGCUUCUUUCAGAUGAACCCCGGGCUUUCGUGCGACUCCUUGCUGCCGUACAGCCCCGUGCAGGGGAAUAUGAUUAGUAGGAUUUGUGUGGCUGCUAUUGACGCCCGACCACUCUCUGGCGUUUCAUGCUCAACCAAGCGCAUGUACAGUGUGAAGCGCGGAGACACAUGCGGCAUGUUGAUCGUUAAGAGAUACCGCCGCAGUGCUGACAUGUUUAGGGAGCUUAACAACGGAUAUGAUUGUGCUGUAACUGGGUUGUGGAUUGGCAUGUUGCUUUGUCUACCUGUAUAA